AUGGAGAGCUACGGGAGGAAGCGGGGGUGGAAGAAGGGGCCGACGAGGGGGAAGGGCGGGCCGCAGAACGCGGCGUGCGAGUACCGCGGCGUGCGGCAGCGGACGUGGGGGAAGUGGGUCGCGGAGAUCCGCGAGCCCAACAAGCGGACGCGCCUCUGGCUCGGCUCCUUCGCCACCGCCGAGGAGGCGGCGCUCGCCUACGACGAGGCGGCGCGGAGGCUCUACGGGCCCGAGGCCUUCCUCAACCUGCCGCACCUCCGCGCCGCCUCCGCCGCCGCGGCGCACCAGCGGCUCAGGUGGCUCCCGGCCUCCGCCGCCGCACGGGGGGGCGCCCCGGCCGUCCCGGCCUACGGCCUCCUCAACCUCAACGCGCAGCACAACGUCCACGUCAUACACCAGAGGCUGCAGGAGCUGAAGAACUCGUCGCCGACCAAGCCGCCGCGUACCCCCGCGCGCGCCCACCUGCCGCCGCCGCCUCUCCCCACCUCGUCGCCGUGCUCCACCGUCACCAUCAGCGCCGGCUCCGCGGCUCUUCCUCCGCCCAUGUCGUGCUUCCAGGCGCUGGAGCAGGCGAUGGCCACGGCGGCGAUGGAGAGCGCGCCGUGCUGCGACAGCGCCGCCGUGGCGGGCUUCUGCGCCGACAAGCCCCAGCUCGACCUCAAGGAGUUCUUGCAGCAGAUAGGCGUGCUCAAGGCCGACGACGACGGCGCGGCAGGCAAGAACGGCGGCGCCCACGGGGACGACGGCGAGCUGGCGGACGCGUUUGGGUUCGGCGGCAACGGCGAGUUCGACUGGGACGCGCUGGCCGCCGACAUGAGCGACAUCGCAGGUGGCCACGGCGGCGCGCUGGGCGCCAAUGGCGGCUUCCAGAUGGACGAUCUGCAUGAGGUCGAACAAUUUGGCGGGUGCAUGCCCAUCCCCAUAUGGGACAUUUGA